AUGGCGGGGACGCCUACGGAUACCAGCCUUGGGCUGGAGCAGCUACACGGCAUGCUGCACACCAUUUUGCACUCGACGGACAACAACGAGCGCCGCAGCGUGGAGUCCACUGUUGUGCGUGCUCUCAACGCCUCUUCCAACCUCAUGCUCCUGGUGCGUUUGGUGCAGGAUGUGCAAUCGGUCUCCGCCGGGGUUCGACAACUCGCUGCGGUGCUUCUGCGAAAGAAGGUAUUUUCACUCUGGCGCGCAAUCCCAGUGGGAUCGCGGGCGGAGCUGAAACAAGUUCUUUUGGCGCAACUUGGCAUCGAGCCUGUGCGUGUGGUGCGGUUUGCGCUGGCACAUGUAAUUUCCCGCCUGGCGAGGGCCGAAUUUCUGGAACCGGUUGAGGGAUGGCCAGAGUUGCAAGUGGCGAUUCGCACGGCAAUGGAGGACCCACGCGGGGACAUGCGGGAGUUGGCGAUGGUCUUGGCGUACAGCAUAGCGGAGGUGGUGGGGGAGUGCGGUGAUCUCAACACGCUGGUCACGGAGGCGGUUCUUCAGGGCAUGACGGACGCCGAGGUGAGUGUGCAGCGGGCUGCGUUGAAGGCGAUGGGGGCGUUGCUGCUUUUUGUGGACGUGCAGGAAGAGGACAGGAUUGUGGUGGAAAAGAAGAAGCAUGAACGGGGAAAAUUGUUGCAGCACCUCAUACCGCGUUGCUUGGAGCUUCUGGCGGUAUAUGGGCCUCUGGAAGAGAGGACAAAUAUCUGCGUGGACGUAUUGGAUCUCCUUGAGCAGCUGGUGGAAGAUUUGAGCGUUAAGAAACAUGAAGGGAUUCUCCGCACCUUGGGAAUUGAGAUGAUUUCAGUACUUUGUAACACUGUGAACCGGCCGCGUGUGCGGCAGAAUAGCAGUGAGGUUCUGGUAACUCUGGUGAAUUUGAAGCCUAAGUUUGUGACAACAACACUGCUGGAGCCCAUGGUUUCGGCAUGUGUACAAGUCAUGGGUGAGGAUGGCACUAUUUCACUCCCCGAAGAGGUUACACGCCUGGAGGACUCGGAAAUGGACAUUAAGAACGACACCAAUGAUGAAGAUGCCGAGAUGCUACACGUGAGCCCACCUUGUAUGUACGCCGGACGUCUUUUAAGUACUCUCGCAACAAAAGUAUCUGCCAAAGCGUUUACCAAUGUGUUGUUACCUUUUGUUUUGCGCGUUUCUGAAAACAUGCAGGGAGGUCCUCUUGAGCGCAAGGCGGCCAUUCUUUCCCUUGCCUGCCUGGCGGAGGGCAACCCGGGCUAUUUGCGACGCAAAGUACAAUACGUGUUGAAGCUAACGCAUGACUUUUUGUGCGACAGCAAUCCUAUUCCAC